CAAACCAAACACACAUAUAGGCAGGAAGUAAGAAAACACAGAAUUGGAACGUGAUGCCAACAUUAUGAAAUCGCUGUAUGGUCCGAUUCAAAGUCCAGACAAUUUUCCGCUAUCCUAUCCAUGGUUGGGCGCGUGGCGCGCCAGCUGACCUGUAUGGAGGCUAGCCAACCUUCUCUUCUCUAGGUAGGACUCUAGGCGUGACCCGCCGGCCGGCGCACAACAUGCCAUCGCCGUCGCCUCCGUCCGCGCGCUUCGCCACGGGGCUCCGGCCAGCACCGGCCGGCGUGCGCUCCUCCCCCAUUGGUUCGUCCCCAUACUUUGCAGCCCUGCGCGGCCUCUUCUCGCAUCCCAGCGCCUCUAGGGUUCUCUCCGUAUCCUUCCGGCAACGGCCGGUGGCGUCGCCCUUCGCUGGAAGGUCGCGCCUGCCGAGCGCUGCGCGGAGCUCCGGAGACCCUGCCGAGAUCAAUGUGGAUAAUGUUGAAGGAACUAGGCAGUCACUAGGAAGUUUCACUGGUUCAGGAAAGGAUGGGAAGGAGUCAACCAAAAGUUUCUCAUCUAAAGAGUUGCUAGAAAAACUGAAGAGAUAUGGCGCUGCCGGUGUUCUGUCAUAUGGAUUACUUAACACUGUCUACUAUGUCAGUGCUUUUUUAUUAGUUUGGUUUUAUUUUGCUCCUGCUCCUGGUAGGAUGGGCUAUGGUGCAGCAGUGGAGAGAUUUGUUAAAUUAAUGGCGAUGGUGUGGGCUGGCAGUCAAGUUACAAAGAUUUUUCGAGCAGGAGGGGCUCUUGCACUGGCUCCUUUUGUUGACAGAGGGUUGAGAUGGUUCACAGUCAAGUUCAACUUCAAGUCGGAAGGAAGGGCUUUUGCGACAAUUGUAGGGUUAUGUUUUGGAAUUGCUGCCCUCCUGUUCUUUGGAUUGACAAUACUCUGGGCAUAGUGCACCUGCUUUGCUGAUGGAUAGUGAGGAAUCAUGAAGAGAUGCUGCAGAAUCGAUACUGAUCCCGACCAGUAACGCGCCGAUGACAACUCUGCUAAUAACGUUACAUUGGCUGUUCACAUCUUGUAUGAGCAUGUGUUUUUGUGACUCGUCAGUGACCGCAAACAUCUUGAGAAUGCCAUAUUCCUGUAAGGUCCUAUUAGGCGUGUGUUCAUACUUGGCAAUUUUAGGGAAACCAAACAAGUUUUGUAGUGAGAUUUGAUUGCUACAAAACCUCCAAGACAAGCAGCAGCUUGAUAAGCUGGCGUCAGGCUUCGCCGUAACUGCUGUAGACUACGAACUUGCGGUUGUGAUCAGUA